AUGUCAAGCAAAGCAGGCAGCAAGCGACCGGCGACCAUCACCAGCGAACCCCCCAACCACGCCAUGGUGUCGGAGGUGACAGUGGUGUGCUGGGUGGAGGAGAUGCCGGCGAGUAACGAGCAGUCCCUGUCUCCCCAGGCCGAGCACGCUGGCAUCCGGACCUACUUCUUCAGCGCCGAGAACACGGAGGAGCAGGAGUCCUGGAUCCAAGCCAUGGGCGAAGCCGCCCGGGUGCAGAUCCCCCCGACCCAGAGGUCAGCACCCACCGUGACACCACCCGGCCACGAAAACCCAGACUCUGAAAACAUCCCCCCCAGCAAACACCACCACCACCAUCGCAAUGCCACCCACCGUGAGCACCCCAAAGCUGACCCUGACGCCAAGACCCGGGGGGAAGGCGACGGCCGUGGCUCGGGGAAGAUCGAGAGGAAGCCGGGGGGGGAUGAACUUUUAGACCUUCAGUUGCAAAGAAACCUAGAGUAUUUGGACCAGCAGAUGAGUGAGAGCGAAACCCUGAUCAGUAUGGUGAACAGGAUGGUGGAGACCUCCUCCCCUAGGGCUCAGCUCUACAUGCAAGUGACCCCCUUCCCGGAGGCCUACAGGGAGACACUGCAUGCCUACAAGAUAAGCGAGCAAGACACCGAUAAGCUGCUGGGGAGGCUCUGUGAGCAGAACAAGGUGCUGCGGGAGCAGGAGAGGCUGGUGCAGCAGCUCCGAGCAGAGAAGGAGAGCCUGGAGAGUGCCCUAAUGGGGACGCACCAGGAGCUGGAGAUGUUCGGGAGACAGCCCGCCUACCCAGAGCAGCUGCUGCACAAGAAGGAGACGAUCAGGAGACGUGUGGUGGGCUGGAAGGCUCAGCCGCCCCCGGUCCCACAGCUUGGCUCGGGGCUGGGGUGCAGCGGGGCUGGCAGCGACGGGAGCCACUCUGACCGCCGCCUUUCUGCCCACCAGAACGAAAUGCUCAACCGGCAGAUCCAGAAGGAGAUCUGGCGGAUCCAGGAUGUGAUGGAGGGGCUGAGGAAGAACAACCCAUCCCGUGGCACGGACACUGCCAAGCACAGAGUGGCCAUCGGCCCCUCGGGGACGUACAGCUCCAACAGCCCUGCCAGCCCCCUGAGCUCGGCCAGCCUCACCAGCCCCCUCAGCCCCUUCUCCCUCGUCUCCGGCUCCCAGGGCUCGCCCACCAAGCCCGGACCCGGCGAGGAACCAGGCCCGCCUCGACCUCCCCUCCCCAAGUCCUACGUACCCCUGGAGUCUCCUCCGACCGUUCCUCCGCUCCCUGGCGAGAGUCGCCUCUGGCCGUACCCCACCUCCCCUUCCUGGCAGCAAGGCGCCGAGGCGAAGAGGGGACAGGGCAACCCCAGAUUUGGGAUUCCUGGUAAUGCCUUGGCCGUGCUCCCGCUGGGAGAAGGGGCCAGCGGGGAGGAGCAGAUCGCCCGCAUGAAACGCCACCAGAGCGGCUCGAUGAAGGAGAAGCGGCGCAGCCUGCAGCUCCCCAGCAGCCAGCAGCCCGACACCCCCGGCACGAAGGCACCCACCUCCUACAAGGUGGUGCGUCGGCACCGCAGUGUCCAUGAGGUGGACAUCUCUGACCUGGAAGCAGCGCUGCGUUCCGAUGAUCCUGGCAAGGUCUACGAGACACCCCAGGAGGAGAUCGCCCGGCUGCGCAAGACGGAGCUGGAGCCGCAGCACUACGACGUGGACAUCAACAAGGAGCUCUCCACGCCGGACAAAGUCCUCAUCCCUGAGCGGUACGUGGAACUGGAGCCCGACACGCCACUCAGCCCCGAGGAGAUGAAGGAGAAGCAGAAGAAGGUGGAAAGGAUCAAGACCCUCAUUGCCAAAUCCAGCCUGCAGAACGUCAUCCCCCUGGGCGAGGGGGAGGGGGGCACCCCCCAGGACCCCGAGACCCAGCUGCAGGAGCAGGAGAAGAGGAUAGAGAUCUCGUGUGCUCUGGCUGCCCAGGCCUCUCGCCGGGGCCGCAUGCUCUCG